AAUGUGGACGUACUUAGAUGAUCAAGUUAACUCCAUCACUGUUGUGUGAACAGCAGAUUUAUUUUCCAUUCGCCAGUAAUUGAUCCAGCUCAUUUCGGUAGUUCUGAAUACGGAGCUUUUAAUUUGACAAAAUGCUCCAAGACGCUGCUAUUGCUGACUUCACGCUGGAGUUGAUGGCAUUGUACUGUCGCUGUUUUCACAUAGCCGGAAGUAAACUCAUGUGGUUAUGUACCUUAAGUUCAAUCGUAUCCUUCAAAAUAUAUUGGUGAGUCAAAGGAUCUUUACAUCAAGAAAAUCACCAUUCUGAGAAAAGGAGUGCCAAAUGAGUUUCUCAUUUCUGAAAAUCUCUGCAUUUCUGCAGAAGUACCGAACGCCAGUGUUACUCGUUAGCUGUGGGGGAGUUUUCACAGCCAAUAUUUUCUAUCAUGUUUUUCCAAAUGGGACAUAUAGAAAGCUGUAUCAGGCCUGGAGCAAAGGGGAACCUGCCAGUCUGUCUGAGAAACUGGAGAACACAUUUCAAACAGUGUUAAAUGAUUGUGCUGUCGGCUCAUCCGAAAACUUCAGUGCCUUUGCGUCCUUUGGCUUUCACCCAAUUGGUGCUGGCAUUCCCUGGCUACCCUCUGGUGCCCAAGUGGGCAUACCAGCCAAUUUCAACAGUACUCCAGACGACCCAGCUGGCAUCACCAAUCGCACCAUACUUAUAAAUGGUAGAGAGGUCGAGUGGGACAGUGAUAUUGGCAGCAGCCUGAAAGAGUCUCUUGUGUUUUCUUCCGAGGCACAGAAGUUUGCCAUAGCACGGGAAGUGCUCCGGUUGGAUUCGGCUGGGCCAGUGUUGCAUGCUGCGGUGGCUCCAGCUUGCCUGGUCGGGAUUUGUGUCAACAGCGUGGUGCUUAAACAUAUCUUUGGGCUAUACGCUGGUCCCAUUCUGGCCAGGGGGCUGGUCAAUUUAGUUGUUGUUGGUUUGGGUGCUGCGUUCUACUUGCUGGCAACUGAUGAAGUUAGCCAGUGGAUGGACUACAGGUCAGAUCGCCGCGCAGCCAGCCUCUCUCCUGAGUACAUCAAAGGAGGAGUGGAGUUCUAUGACAAGAUCAUCUCCCGUAAUAAGACUUUACGGAUGCUCAUGGGCGAGAGGGGGGAAGAGAUGUAUGCACCAAGUGGCAAUCUUUUCCCAUCUAACAUGUUCAGUUUGAAACACGCUCCAUACACUGCUCGAAGGGAAGGAGUUGCCAACCUUUUAAAAGAACACAAAAUGUAGAGGAGAAACCCACCAUUUCAACCAUGAAGUGUGUAACUUAUUAUCGAAAUUAUUAGCAUUACUGUGUUAUGCUGGUGAUUUUCUGCAUAUAUGAGAGUUAUGUGUACUGUAGAACAUGAAGUGUGAUAUUUGAACAUGGAAAAGUCCUUGACUAAACGUAUAAACAGCAAUUGGCAGGAUUCA